CUUGACUAUCUUUUAUGAAAUCUUCUGUUUUUCUUUUUCCCCCCCAUAUUUUGUGAUAUACGAAUUGGGAUACUCAAAUUAGCCAAGUAAGAGACGAAAGAAGAGGUGAUGAUCAAGAGGUGGUGAAGAAACACAUGCGAGUUGACAAUAAGAGAGAUAAGCAAAUUUCCAGGGGAACCCAUUAGUGAGCUGUAAUCAUGGGUCGCAUGUGGUCUAUAUAUAGAUAUGAACUAAAAGUGAGUUCAAGACACCAUGAUGAGGUAUUAGGAAGAGAUUGGUACCAUGCACAUCUUCAUCGAGUAAACAGUACUGUAGCAGAAAGUGAAGCAGUAAAGGCUAUGAUUAAAACUAUGAUUAAGCUGGGAAUUCCUUUUAGGAAGAAAGUGGUUCUGUUUAAAAGAUGCUUUCUUUCUCACUGCAGUUUUAUUGAAACUUUACAGUGCGCAUGGAAUACCAUGAGCAACAAAAGGAGGUCAGAGUUUUCCCCAAUUAAACUAUUUAAGAUUUUAAAAUUCUUCUCUGAAAUCUCAUGCUCUCUCCCCGUCUGCAAAAAUAUACUCUUACACACCCACCAAACUGACUAAAAAGCCUUAUCUUUUUCAAACCCAUUACACUUGUUUCAACAGUUGCAACUAUAUUUUAUUAGGCUUCUCCUUUUCUUACAUUUUACAUAUUUAUAUGUUCUUCCCAUCUAUAUAAGCAUAUAUACCAUUCAAUAUAUAAAACAAAGCACUGUAUCAAUAUUGGUCCUCUAUGGCAGGCAGCUCAAGGUUAAAGAAAUCUUCGUUUGCUGUAUUUCCUUUGAGUCUUCUGUUUUGAGUAAAACUUGAAUCAGAGAAACUCGAUUCCAUGAUAGGUACUCGUAAUUCUCUUGUUUUUCUUUAUGGGAUGCUUUUAUUUUCCUUUGUUUUCUCUUACAUGGGUUCUUCAAGCAGUUCCUUCGAGUUUCUUUCGGAUAGUCCCCCAUAUAUGGUACUGGAAAAAACUAUGGGUUCUAAAACUGACGUUUGCAGUACCGGUUGUUCUGUUUUUCUGAUAACAGUUUUCGUCGUAUUGGAUUAAAGCUGAAAGUGCUUAGUACCAGAACCGGCUUAUGCAAAAGGUGAUAUAUAUGAAGCUAAGGCUUGGUUAAUUUCUUUCUUUUAUUGGCAUCAAACAGACAGAAAAAAUAUUUGAUGUUCAGUUGGCCUGUCCUUCGAUUGCAGUCUGGAAGGGAGCUGAAUCUGGAAUUGGUAUGUAUUGGAAGUACGCUUUUCAUCAUUUUAAAUUUGUAAGAUAUCUUUGUCAUAUCGAACAUUUCUGUAAUCAAUGGACGGUUUGGGUUGGGAUGGCUCACUAGUUGUUACAAACACACCAUCCUCGUGGUAUCAACAAAGGGUUCAAGGAAGUUUGGUUUUGUCCAGCGAAAACUCAAGCGUUUUCAAUCCUAUCCAGGCGCUCCAAGAGGCUCAAACAUCUCAUGUAUUUACAAAUUCUGAAAUAGCAAGGGUAAUGGUUCAGCCACCAACUCUCACGUCGGAUUCAAUGAAGGUAGUGUCAAACAUGAACCUAUCCGACCGCCAAGAAGCUAUGAGAUUGGCAACAGAUGCUGGGACACAUUGGCCGGGAGAAGAUUUAACAUCUGAAUUAUGUCCUUCCACUUUGAUGAUCAAAAGGCCUUGCACAAUGAAUCCUUCGAGCGGUUUAAAUGCUGAUUUUAGCAUGGCAAAACAAUCACAAGAGGUCAACGGCUUACAAAAUGGAAGGCCUCCAGUACCGACAUGCUCUCUUGAGUCGUUGGAUUGCUUGCUCUCAGCUACUACUAGCAACACAGACACGUCGGCCGAAGAUGAGGGGAUUUCCACUAUUUUCUCUGACUGCAGAAAUUUAUGGAACUUUGGUUCUAUUGGUGCAGUUUCAUCAGGAGAGUGCGAGAAUGAUGCUUCCAAUGCAAUAAAAGAAAACAUGCGCUGCCCAGUAAACGAGAUUGAAAAGAGAGCAUCGCAAAGUUCCUCGGAUCUUUAUGGAAACCAUGGAAAAUUUCGAGAAUCUAAGCAUGGUUCUACAAAGAGAAUCAAUGAUCAAGGUGAGAUCAAAGCUGGUCCAAAUUGUAGUUUUGAUCUUCUUCACACUGAUUCUACUACAGAAGGUGGUUUUAAACUCAUUUCUGAGAUUCCGGCAAAACCCAAGAAGCCCAGAUCAGAGAAGUGUCCCAGCACAUCCAACAUCAACUUCCAGCAGUCAAGUUCGUCGGUAUCCUCUUCCGUCGAAGAACCUGAUCCAGAGGCCAUUGCACAAAUGAAGGAGAUGAUUUAUCGGGCUGCGGCUUUUAGGCCAGUGAACUUGGGUAUGGAUGUGGUGGAGAAGCCCAAGAGGAAGAAUGUCCGAAUAUCAUCGGAUCCGCAAACUGUGGCUGCAAGGCAAAGGAGGGAGAGGAUCAGUGAGAGAAUUAGGGUUUUGCAGAGACUGGUUCCCGGUGGGAACAAGAUGGACACUGCAUCAAUGCUUGAUGAGGCUGCAAACUACCUCAAGUUUCUCAGGUCACAAGUCAAAGCAUUGGAAAAUCUAGGCCAGAAACUUGACUCGAUGAAUUGCCCCCCUGCAGACCUCGCCUUUUCUUUCAAUCCCUCUUUUCCCAUGCAAACCUAUUUCCCACACCAAAACCCUAAUCAUAUCCACCGUUAUCCAAAGAGUUGAAAAAUAUUAUUAUCCAGAAGAAAAAAAAAAAAAUCAUUGGUAUUUAUCAAAUCUCCUUCAAGUACAUUAAGAAAAUUUAACCAAAGACCCCUAAUCAUAUCCAUCAUCAUUUCAGCACCAAUGAUUAACAUCCAAAUCCCAUUUCCUACCCAAAAACACAAAAUCUAAUCUCUGUGAUCCACAUGAUCAAAAUUCUGAUUAUUAUAUAUUCGUGAUCUAGAGUUCAAAACUCAGGCCGAUAGUGGCUUUUUUUAAUUAUCUCCAUCACAAGACCCACCACCCAAGAUCAGCGAGAGAUCUAGCUUUUUGGCUGCGCCAUUCUCCCUAGCUAGUUGUUUUCCUGCCUCCACUGUUAUUAUGUUUUGUUUUUGAAGGAAGAGAUAAUCAUAGUGGAAGUGGCAAUUAAUCAUGUGAACAUAGCCAAGCCAUUCAUGACCCUUUUUCUGCACAGAAAGGCUUAGCAAUGAUACUACUUAUGAUUAAGCUGAGGGGCAAGAAAGUGAUUGUCACUUUGUUGUAUAAUCAAUUAUUUUAAUGCGAUCUAUGUAGUUAAAGCUCA